AUGGGUGAUUGGAGUCUGCUGGGUAACUUCCUAGAAGAGGUGCAAGAGCACUCAACAUCUGUCGGAAAGGUUUGGCUGACAGUUCUCUUUAUUUUCCGCAUCCUGGUCCUGGGUACAGCAGCAGAGUCAUCCUGGGGCGAUGAGCAGUCCGACUUCAUGUGUGACACAGAGCAGCCCGGUUGUGAGAAUGUGUGCUACGACAGAGCGUUCCCUAUCGCCCACAUCCGCUACUGGGUCUUGCAGAUUGUGUUUGUUUCAACCCCCUCCCUCAUCUACAUGGGACACGCUAUGCACAUGCUGCGUGUAGCAGAGAAACGCCGCCAGAGGGAUCAGGAGGACAAAGGUGGAGGGGGCAGGGCCAGCGGGGGCGAGAAGGAGUACCUAGAAGAAAAGGAUUUUGGGAAAGAUGUAGGGAAGAUCCGUCCAAGAGGGGCAUUGCUGAAGACAUAUGUGCUCAGCAUCCUGAUCCGCACUGUCAUGGAAGUGGCUUUCAUAGUGGCACAGUACAUGAUCUAUGGAAUCUUCCUCAAUGCACUGUAUGUCUGCGACGGCUGGCCCUGCUCAAACAAGGUUAACUGCUACAUGUCGCGCCCCACUGAAAAGAAUGUCUUCAUUGUGUUCAUGCUGGCUAUGGCAGGUGUCUCUCUCUUCCUCAGCAUUGUGGAGCUCUACCACCUGGCCUGGAAACAGUCAAGGAGGUGCUUCAAAGCCUAUGUCACCUCCUGUAGACAGCAGACCCCACCCACCACAGUGGUAGCCAUUGGCCGGGAGCAUGACACUCCUGCCCACCCCUCCUGUGCCUGCACCCCACCUCCAGACUUUGACCAGUGCCUGGCAUCGGCACCACCUCACUCUCACACGCACCCCAGCUGCCAUCCCUUCAACAACAGUAUGGCCGCCCAGCAGAAGUCAGUUAACCUGGCAACUGAGCACCACCACAGCCAGAACAACCUUGGGGCUAUGGACUUCCUACAAUUGAGCUAUGUGCAGGGCACAGAUGCACCCGACACCUGUGUCCCACCUUCACCGUUCCACAAUGGCUUCCUGAAGGAAAAGCGCCGUCUCAGCAAAACCAGCGGCUCUAGUAGCCGCGCACGGGGUGAUGACCUGGCAGUGUAG